AGAGCAGAAAACUCACUCUGCAGGGGAUCUGGGCACGUCUGUGUGUAGAAGUGAAAGUGAAAGCUGAAAGCAUAAGCAUUCAUGGGCUGAGCUACCCUCCCAUCUACUUUAAAACACCCUAUGCUCGAGCAGGACUUUAUUUUGCUGAAUUCCAACAUGGAUUCCUAUUUAUACCUGCUCCUGAAAUUUCUGCUCUUUCUGGAUACAAGAAGUUCAACACCAGCUGCCUCAACCAAAAGGGGAAUAAGGCAUGAGGUUUCCUAUCAGGCACAAGCGCUACAAAUGUCACAAGGAAAGAACCGCAUUACCCAAAUCAAUGCAAUUGAAAAGAAGCCCAUAACAUUUUGGGUCCAUCCUGCUAGCUGCUUCCCAGAAGAUAUUUCCGUUAUAUGGAAAAACAAAAUAAACUCCCAGCAAGUAGCUGUGUGCAAAGCAAAUUCAAAGAGAAUCCAUGGACGUUUCCUGAACCGGAUUCGGUGUACGAGGAACUCCGUUACACUCUAUAACCUGGCCCUGAAUGAUAGCGGCACCUUCACACUUUCUUCUACUUUUCCAUGCAAAGAUGAAAAGGAAAUCAAACAUUAUAAUCUUACUGUGUAUGAGUUCGUGCCUGUUCCACAUAUAAAAGCAGAGCUGGAAAAGAACACUCCAUGUUGGUGCAACUUCACUCUUCGUUGCUGGGUCCCCUCAUCAGCGGUGGAAUACAGUUGGGCAAAACUGGUUAAAAACCACGGAUACCAACAUUAUAAGAAUGGCAGCAUAUUAAGGGCCACUUUGCAGCCAGAGUCCUGGCACGAGGAGUAUCUCUGCUCGGUGUAUAACCCGGCCGAUACUAGCAGUGCCACUAUUCAUGUGAGCGACAUCUGUCCUCUGUCGGCACCCGAUGCAGUUAGCAUCCGCUGCGACUUUCUUAUUACCGUGGGAUUUUGGCUCAUUUUGCUCUUGUUUGUGAUUGGAGCAAUUAUGAUCAUCUUGGCCUCCAAAUUCUACAGAAGAGGAUCGCCCCCUGACAGUGGGAAGCCAAUGAAAUGCCCGGAUUAAUGAAACACUGCAAUGUCUGAUAUAACUGUGAGCUGUGGGAAUGUCAUUAUGUUAUAUUUCAUUAAGGCAAUGAGCAUUUACACUGGUUUUGCUGUGAAAAAAAGACUCUCAUUUUGCAAACUCUUGCCAUUUUCAUGAAUUUUUCAAGUGAAAUGGGACAGAUUCGCUCAUCACUAUUACAGAAGACCAUGUAUUGUAAAUAGCCUAUUUAGCCAUAUUUAAAGAUUGCAUUCAUAGAAAGAACUCAAAGCAGGUUUAUAACGCAAAUAUGGCAAAUGCAAAGAGCUCCCUCUGGUGGACAUAUAAAUAACAUGGUAUAUAUUUAUACACUUUAUUUGUGAGAGCUUUAGGUACAUUUUUGGAACUGUGCUUAUACCCUAGAGGACAAUCUAUCCAUUUGUUUUGUUUUGAGCUUGGCAUCAGGAAAUUGUACUGAGACUCUUAUGGUUAAUUAAGCUUCUGCCCUAACCUUUAGUUAGAUAAUAUAUAUUUGACAUACUAAUCUUUUAUUUAUAUAUGUUUGUGUAUUUAUCCAGUAGAUAGAGCUUGUUCUUUUAUACAAUUUAUGCACUUUUUUUGUUAAGUUAUUGCAGAAUACCAUGAAACAGUAGGUGCUCACUCUAGCCACAAACAAGGGACAAAAAAUAGCCUUAUGUGUUUCCUACUACACUGAAUAUGAUCAUUAAUUGCUGUGAAAUGUUCAAGGCUAUUUCUCUACAUAACAUAAAUACAUACUAAAGUUCAGGGUCGGACUGGGGGGUGCGGGGCCCCUCCCAAGGUGCCCCCGCCAGCUGUGUCCCCCACACCCCCUACAGGGGGCAACAUAGAAACUCCUUCCAUGUCUGGAGUCAUACCUGGAACCACCUGGGCUGCAAGGCAGCUCUGCCUAUUAUAAAUUACAGUAUUUUAAAGUGCUGCAUAACUCGCUGGUGCUAUAUAAAUUUAUGAUCCAUGCAUUAAAGGGGCAAAUGUCAUGGAAAUUCAAAGCUGUAUAUUAUUGCCCCUUCUUGCACUGCUGGUACUAUCUGAUGAAACAAUGUAGAAAAAGUCUGUCAGUAUUGUAGGUGUUAGGUGACAGAAUGGCAUUCCUUAUGAUGGGUGCAUUACAGGAGAGAUUGUUUCUAUAUAGAUUCAUUUAAUAAAUAAGCUAAAGACCUUUGGGAAAGACAAUUAGCAGGUGUUUUUUUCCAAACAUUCCAUUAUGUUUUCAACCACUCAACCCAAUACAAUGUGACAUUGGUCACUACAAAAUAGUAGUAUAAAUUGCACAAAGUACAAAGAAGAAUGUAAAAUCAAAAAUCAAUAUUUCCUGGUUUUGUAUUGAGAUCAGAUGAAGAUGAGUAACCAAGAGAAGGGUGGGGGGAGAAUAAUUAUUAUUUACAGGAAAUUAUAAACACUGAGAGAAAAUAUUAAGGUCUCCUGAAGGAAAAAAGGGGGAUUUAUUACUUCCCCUUAAUACAAGGGAGGUGCUUUGGAUUUUCACAUUAGAUAAACCUAAAGGAGUAAUCUGCACCCACAGUUCCAUAGGUGAGGGUUAAGGCCUCCCAUCUCUGGUUUUAAGGCAAUGCUAUGUAUGCCUGAGGCCUGUGACUACUUUCUGUUGUAAGAAGGACAUUGCACUUUCUCGAUCUUUAUGGCCCUUCUCCUCCCAACCCUAAUGUUUUUUGUGUGCACUUCAGAAUAUCAAGGGUUUUUCAGUUCUAGGUGGGACAUUACAUUAAAUUCCACUAGGUGGCAUCAUAGAGGGUUCUGAGAUUAUAACUGAAUGUGAAGCCCAGAACAUGUCCGAUCAUGUUUUUCCAUUUUUGGUCAAAUGUACGACGUUGUAUUAAUGAUUUAAUAAAAAGUGUUAUAUUUUAGUAAAAAGCUGUUGCCACUUAUUAUUUCUUGUUAUGUGUGAUUUGCCCCAUGCCUGACUGAGACAUGGGUGGAUUCCCAUAAUAUGGACCACUGAUGUCAGAGGAGAGGUGAGCCUGGAGAGGUGUUUGCAUAGAAUUGCCCCAUUAGGAAAAGCAUUUGGGAAAGUGGCAGGCCUAUAGCAUAGGGGACUAUAUUAUUAAAGAGGUGGUUCAACAUUAUGUGAUCUUGGAG